AUGAAUGCCUCACAGUUUCUCUCCUCUCUCACUUUUGUGCUUCUCAUUGGAGAGAACCUAGGCUGGUAUUACAACACCUCCAUGGAACUCAUGACAUACGAUGAAGCCAGUGCAUAUUGUCAACGGAAGUACACACAUCUGGUGGCAAUUCAGAACAAAGAAGAGAUCAAUUACCUAAACUCCAAUCUGAAAUACUCACCAAGUUAUUACUGGAUCGGAAUCAGAAAAGUCAAUAACAUAUGGGUCUGGGUGGGGACCCAAAAGCCUCUGACCGAGGAGGCUAAGAACUGGGCACCAGGUGAACCAAACAACAAGCAAAGAAAUGAGGAUUGUGUAGAAAUCUAUAUCAAAAGACGCAAUGACCCAGGCAUGUGGAAUGACGAAAGAUGUGACAAAAAGAAAAUGGCUCUGUGCUACACAGCCUCCUGUACCUCUACAUCCUGCAGCGGUCAUGGCGAAUGUGUAGAGACCAUCAACAGUUAUGCUUGCAAGUGCCACCCUGGAUUCCUUGGACCCAACUGUGAGCAAGUUGUGAUCUGCAAAGUAGAGAAACACCCUGACCAUGGAAGCUUGAACUGCAUCCAUCCUUUUGAUCUCUUGAGCUACAAUUCCUCCUGCUCUUUCAGCGGUAAACGGGGCUACCUGCCCUGCAGCACAGAGACUACUACACAGUGUGUGUCCUCUGGAGAAUGGAGUUUGGGUGCUGUAGCCUGCCAUGUGGCUGAAUGUGAAGCUUUGACACACCCUGACAAUGGAGUCAGGGAAUGUUCCUCAAAUCCUGGGAGCUUCCUAUGGAACACAACCUGUACAUUUGACUGUGACAAAGGGUACAGGCGAGUUGGAGCUCAGAAUCUACAGUGUACCUCAUCUGGCAUCUGGGACAAUGAGAAGCCAUCAUGCAAAGUUGUGACCUGUGAUGACAUCCCUCAACCUCAGCAUGGCUCUGUGAGCUGCAGCAACUCAACAGCUGGAGAAUUUGCCUUCAAGUCAUCCUGCAACUUCACCUGUAAGCAAGGUUUCAUGUUGGAGGGGCCAGCCCAAGUUGAAUGCAGUGUAGAAGGGCAGUGGACACCACAGAUCCCAGUGUGCAAAGCUGUGAAAUGUGAUGCUGUCCCUCAGCCCCUUAAUGGUUCCAUAGAGUGUGCUCAUGCUACAACUGGAGAAUUCACCUACACGUCCUCAUGCACCUUUCAAUGCAACAAGGGCUUUAAAUUGCAUGGGUCUGCUCAACUUGAGUGCACAUCCCAGGGACAGUGGACCCAGGAAGUGCCCUCCUGUCAAGUGGUACAGUGUUCAAGCCUUGAAGUUCCAGGAAAGAUGAAUAUGAACUGUAGUGGGGCAAUGGUUUUUGACACCGUAUGUGAAUUUACAUGUCCUGAUGGAUGGACACUCAAUGGAUCUGCAAUUCUGACCUGUGGUGCCACAGGACACUGGUCUGGGAUGCUGCCUACUUGUGAAGCCCCCACCGGCCCCACCCAGCCCCUGGUAGUUGCACUUUCUAUGGGAGGAACCUCACUCCUAGCAUCAUCCUCAUUUCUCUACUUGUUGCUGAGAUACUUUCGGAAGAAAGCAAAGAAAUUUGUUCCUGCUAGCAGCUGCCAAAGUCUUCAAUCGUUUGGCAACUAUCAAGUACCUUCUCACAUCAUCUAAGUUCAAAACAAUCAGGUAU